GGGACGUCACUUCCGCCGAGUUCCUGACCUGCUCCUAGGAUCGCGACGGGAACUGGAGCCUGAGGUCCCCGCGCGGCCCGGACCUGGCGCCCUGAGGGGAAGAGCGGCCCGGCCGGAGGGCACUGGGGUGGAGACUUUGACUCCAGUCCCUUCCCUAGCCAUGACGGACGGGAUCCUAGGGAAGGCAGCCACAAUGGAGAUCCCCAUCCACGGGAACGGUGAAGCUGGGCAGCUUCCUGAGGAUGAUGGGCUGGAGCAGGACCUCCAGCAGGUGAUGGUGUCAGGACCCAACCUCAAUGAAACCAGCAUUGUGUCUGGUGGCUAUGGGGGCUCCGGUGAUGGACUCAUCCCCACAGGGUCUGGCCGCCAUCCAUCUCACAGUACCACUCCUGCUGGCCCUGGAGAUGAGGUGGCUCGGGGCAUCGCUGGAGAGAAGUUUGACAUCGUCAAGAAAUGGGGCAUCAACACAUACAAGUGCACAAAGCAGCUGUUAUCAGAGCGAUUUGGCCGAGGCUCCCGGACUGUGGACCUGGAGCUAGAGCUGCAGAUUGAGUUGCUGCGUGAGACGAAGCGCAAGUAUGAAAGUGUCCUGCAGCUGGGCCGGGCAUUGACAGCCCACCUCUACAGCCUGCUGCAGACUCAGCAUGCACUAGGUGACGCCUUUGCUGACCUCAGCCAGAAGUCCCCAGAGCUUCAGGAGGAAUUUGGCUACAAUGCAGAGACACAGAAGCUGCUGUGCAAGAAUGGAGAGACCCUGCUAGGGGCUGUGAACUUCUUUGUCUCUAGCAUCAACACAUUGGUCACCAAGACCAUGGAAGACACGCUCAUGACUGUCAAGCAGUAUGAGGCUGCCAGGCUGGAAUAUGAUGCCUACCGAACAGACUUAGAGGAGCUGAGCCUAGGCCCCCGGGAUGCAGGGACGCGCGGUCGACUUGAGAGUGCCCAGGCCACUUUCCAGGCCCAUCGGGACAAAUAUGAGAAGCUGCGGGGAGAUGUGGCCAUCAAGCUCAAGUUCCUGGAAGAAAACAAGAUCAAGGUGAUGCACAAGCAGCUGCUGCUCUUCCACAAUGCCGUGUCAGCCUACUUUGCUGGGAACCAGAAACAACUGGAGCAGACCCUGCAGCAGUUCAACAUCAAGCUGCGGCCUCCAGGAGCUGAGAAGCCCUCCUGGCUAGAGGAGCAGUGAGCUGCUCCUAAUCAAACCUGGCUAUCAAGAAGGACAUUGGGAGAGGCAGUCCCAGGGUGGGGGAGAUUGGACAUGGGACAUCCCUUGCCACCUCCCCUCUGGCUUGGGUUCCCUUUCCCUGGCUGGGGCCUGACACCAGUUUUGCCCAUACUGCUGUGGGUAGGGAGGGGGCUUGCAGGCCCAGCAGCUGCUGUCCUGUCCUUUAUCUUCCUGGCCACUGGGCUUCAUUCCCAGAUCUUUUCCUUCACUCCACAGCCAAAGGCUAUGACAGAACCACUCCCUGGCCAAUGGCAUUACUCCUCAGGCCUGUCCCCAGCUCCUGGGGUGUGCCCCCUGACCAAUGGCAGGGCCUCAAAAGGCCCUGUCAGCCGAUGGCAGCUCUUCUUGGGCUCCCCUGGGCCAAUGAUGUUGCCUCCAGUACCCUUUGUCCCUCCUCUAUGUGUCCCCAUUGCAGAGAAGGGGACUGGGACCAAAGGGGCGGGGAUAAUGGGGAGCCCCAUUUCUGGCCCUGCAUCCAAAUGGGCUUCCUCUCACCUUCCCACCCAGUUUAAUUGUGCUUAGAGCCCUGGAAGAUUGGGACCUAGCACUAGGAAUAAACCUUUCAUAAAAGCAG